CGACAUUACAAAUCAAAAAUUGACAAGUGAUAUCGGCCGAAUGUAGUCUGAUAAAAAUACAAAUAAAUUAUUAACUAAAAAACUACGUUAGAAUAAUAUAUCAUAAAUUGCUUUAACAAUGGAGGAUAUGGCGCGUUUGGCUUUAGUGGAGCAAAGUGUUCGGGACAGCGAUAAAUUCAGUGAAAUCCUGUAUGAAUUACUCCGGCAUAUUAAUAGUAUUUUGGAGAAUCCCCAUGAUUACGAUUUAAGGACGAUUACUGGUGACUUUCUAAAGAAAUGUCUAGAAUAUGAAGCUUUAAAUGACUAUUUGAAAUAUGUCGGGUUUCAACCGGUAGCAGAUACAUUAACAUUCCCAAAAGAACAGUCAUUGAAUAAAGUGAGGAUUGCUCAGGUGACAAUAGAGAGGAAACUCUGUUUCUGCUAUGGACCCUUGGAUCAGAGCAAAAAGAGUAUCAAGUCCACAAAAAGUCAACCACAAACAAAGAAGAUGAAACUCACACCUGCCAAUAUACUGAAAACAAUGAAUCCUUUGUUGCUGAAAAUUCAAUCAUUAUUCAAUAACAUGAUCAAAUAUGAAGAUGAGGAGUUACAAGAUUUGGCACGACGACAGAUCCCCAUCGUGACAUUGCAGUUGAUGGCCAUAGACAGAGUUCGAGAACGUCAGAGAAAGAUAAAAACUGGUGAAUUCAAAGGGCACGACCUCCCAUUCGACAUAGCGCUGCUGAUGGAGCUCAUUAAUUGGUUCAAAUAUAAAUUCUUCUCAUGGGUCGACAAGCCACCAUGCGAGGGAUGCGGCGGUGAGACUGUAUUCGCUGGCACUUCGUUAUUGAAAACCGAGACUGAAACCUGCAAUUUGGAGUUAUAUGAGUGCCACAAAUGCGAGAGGGAGACAGAGUUCCCCCGCUACAACGACUUGCGCACGUUGCUGAGGUCGCGGCGCGGCCGCUGCGGCGAGUGGGCCGGCUGUUUCACGCUGCUGAGCCGCGCCCUGGGCUACGACACGCGCUACGUGUAUGACGUCACCGACCACGUCUGGUGCGAGGUGUAUGACUACGAUUCGAACAAGUGGCUUCACGUGGACCCAUGUGAGGCGGUAAUGGAUGCGCCGUUAACCUACAGCCACGGCUGGGGCAAGAAGCUCUCAUACGUCAUAGGUGUCUCUAGAGACGACCUCCAAGAUAUCACCUGGAGGUAUACCACUAAUCAUAAAGAGGUUUUGAAAAGACGAAAUCUCUGCGACGAGAUGGAGUUGAUAUUGGGCAUAAUGGCGUUACGGGAGCACAGACAACGCCAGGUGUCGGACGCUAGGCGCCGGUACCUCGCCAAGCGGGCCCUCGAGGAGCUUGUACAGCUCAUGGUGGAAAGAAAACCAGAAGACAAAGAAAUGCAUGGCCGGAUAACCGGAUCGAAAGAUUGGCGGGAGAAGCGCGGCGAGAUCGGUAACGUCAAACAUAGCCAUACGUUCGAGUUCACCCAACCGGGUAACUACAGUAUCCGGUAUUACCCGGGCACGGAUAAGUACCGGAUAUCCGGCGAUAGCGGGGAGGACGAGCUGGUUGUCGGAUGGGAGGCUGGCGCUUAUGAGCGUAAAGGCGUAUUUAGAAAGACCGAGCUCGACUGGAGGCAGGUGUAUUUAGCAAGAGAACCGGACACAGACCAUGGUAGCGUGUCUUGGAGAUUAAACACAAACAGUGAGCACGUGUUCAAGGCUCUCACCGUACAGGCCAGUACCACUGUCUUCGAGACCGGUCAUGUCGACUGGAAGAUAAAGUUUGACGAAAAGGAUGCUGUUUCAGCUAAAUUUAGUGAAUCGCCAACGACUUUCAAUGCCGAUUUCACUACGGCAGUGAUUAGCGUAGAACUGACCGGCGGCACGGGUGACGUCGCCUGGCAACACGCUCAGAUAUUCAGACAAUCAUUAGACGCCAAGUCCAGUGGGUUCGAGAUACUGGCCACUGUGGCCAAAAAGCAAUAAACAUUUUCAAAUAUCGAACCAUUCUAUAAAUUUAAAAUUUAAUUUUUUUUUUUAUUUAUAGUAUGCUGGUAAUUUUGUACCAGUAUUUUUUACUAUAAUUAUAAAUGCUAGAAUUCAAGAAUAUAUCUAAGAAGUUUGUGAUGUGCAAUUUUUAAAAUUGAUUGUAAAUUGUUAGUACCAAUAAAAUUGGUUUUGUUAUGCGUUACGUUUCUUUGUAGACUGUUAGGGUGAGUAUUCACUAGCAAAAUUCGCAUGUAAUGUGAAAGGUUUGUAUGUAGGAAAGACAAUUCUGGGUACACUUUCGUCCGUCAUAAAACAUAGAUUUACUACGGCUUAUAUUAUUUAUUAAUGUCCUGGCCAAGCCUCUGCAGCUCAAAAAUAAGCCUUAUGUCAAUAAAUAAAUUCAUUGCCAUGUGAGGGCAUGCUCAUGUAAUUAAAUGUAGCACUAUUUAUUAAGGUAUAAUAUUGGCCGUUGAUACUGACCCAGUUUGGUCCGAGUUGUGCAAUUUUAAAAAUCCAUAAUAUGUCAAAACUGAUUUAAGUUUUAUAAAAAUAAGUAGGUCUAACAUUAUGAACUAUAUUUAUCAUCGUAAUAAUUAAGUUUUAACACAUUAAGAAUUGUUAAAAUUGCUUCUUUGAAUUACCAUAAAUAUAUGACCAAAACAUAAACAUUUUUUUUAUUGUAUAAUUUUUUUUUGUAUUUUUAAUAAAUUUAUAAGCAAUAUUAAUUAUGUAAAAAAUAUGUUAUUACAUUCACUGUUAACUUAUUUUAAAAACAAAAGAAAAAUUUGUUUUUAUAAUGUGUCAUUGAUUAAAAGGCCUGUGCUCAUAUUUGAUGAAGCAUUUUAUAUUUGAAUUGUAUUCUCCAGAUAACCUCCAUACUAUUGAAACAAUAUUUAGAUUAUUCGGAACUCUAUCGAAUCAUUUAUAAUCGAUUAUUAUACAAUUUAUAAAUUUAUGUAGCCUCGUAUCUGAAACGCCUUCACUAAUGUGCUAUAUUAUUGCCUUAUUGUAUAUUCAUAUGUACUAAAUAUUGCAUUAAUCGUUAACACUUUACUAUUACACUUAUGUACUUGAAAGUUACUAUGACAAUUAUGUAUUUACGUGAAUUUACUAUUAGAAUCAUUGGACCGGAAUUAUAAUUUACAGUUAUUUAUAUUACAGAUUAAUAACUACAAAUUAUUAAUUAAUAAUUUACUAUUAUUAUUGUAUUCAUUACAUUUAAAGAAUAUUUGUAAUUUAUAGAACUAAAUCGGUGCAUGUAACUGAAGUAAAAAAAUUCUGUUUCAAUGUUAAAGCGUCACAGGGUUUAUGCUCAGGAGCGUAGAAAGAGGUACGUGUCCUUUAUAUGCCUAAGGACCUUAUUUUGACUAUUUAAAAUCUUGACAAAUUAAAUUGAAUUAGCAGAAUCACAGGACACAGAUUAAAUUUUUCGAAAUAUAAAACAAAUAGAGAUUUAAAAGUUAUCAGCAAACUCCUUUGCUUCACAAGCAGUUCUGCUUAAUAUAUUCAUUAAAAAUACGGUUAAGGAGUUUUAGACCUGGGUACUACAAAGUAAAUCCCAUGUUGGACUCGGCUGCAUGGCUUCGUUUCCUUCGCCUAUCCUCUUAUAAAAUAAUUUUAUAAGAGAAACAAAAAAACUUUAUAAUUCUGUGCUUAAUCUAUGGAAUGAAAUAAUUUCAGAUUCUGCCCUACUUUUGACCUAUCAGGUUUUUUAAAGUUUAAGUUAAGACUAACUUGUUGAAUCGUGAUCAUAGUCUCCCAUCAGAGGAUAUUAGUAGACUAUUACUAUGCUGGCUUGAUGUAUUAUUAGUUGAUUUAAUUACGUACCUAUACACAAUAAGUAGUAGAUUCUCAAUUCAGUGCGACUUCAAAGAGAAUUUCCUCAAUUUGACUAUAUUUUUUGUGCAUGUGUUUAUGAGUGUUUAUGUUAUGCGACACCUUUGCCAAUUCUAAAUUGAUUUUUAUAUUUAUGUUUGCAAUCCUAAAGAUUGUAAGAUUAUUUUUUGUGGAACAUAAUAUGUGUUCAAUAAAUAGAUAAACCGAUAGACCUGUAACUGCCUUAUUUAUUUGUGAAAGUUUGUAAAUAUUUAAAUUGUUUAGAAUGAGAUUGAAAAGUUGCAUUCGCCUCGCAACCCUGAAGAAUAUAAGUUGGACAGAAGGUGAAUGGUUUCAAUCUAAAAUUAUCUCGUUUUUCUUGUAUACAUUCCAAUGUUAAAUAUUAUGAAAAUACACAAUUAUAACUAU